AACUCGUUCGCCCUCAACUCCGCUGCUCCUCGCCGUCUCUCCCCUGGGGCUUCCGGACCAAAGGAGGAGAAAAUAAAAGAAAGGGAAGAAGGAAACAAAAGAAAAAAAGAGAGGUUUCUACUCUAAAUGUACACAAAAAAAAAAAUAAUGUGAAUUGGCUGUGAUCGCAACUAAUCGAAGGGAUUUUGAACUGUUUUCUUUCUUUCUUGCUUGCUUUCCUUUCCCUGUAUUUUUGGAUAAUUAGAAGAAGACGGAAGAUAAGAGAAUCAUGAAGCUCUUCAGUAUUUGUAAAAGGAUCGGGGUUUUGAUCCUCAUCUACGGGAGUUUCGCUUAUCUCUUCGUCGGUUCUCAGGUCGCGGAAACAAUUGAGGAAGACCAAACCCAGCACAUGAACCCAGAGGAACGCGCAGACACAGACGAGAGACCGAUCGGAGUGAGCAGCGCGGAGAGUGAAGAGCGUCCGGAGAGAAACCAGUCAGGCCUCCCCCAGCAGGAAGCCAAGUCAGCAGAAGGAAAGGAAGGAGGCGAAGGAGAAGGCUUGGGUGUCCUCGAACCGCCGGGGGAAGUCGCCUCGAGAGCAGAGGUCCCCGCUAAGGUCGGCGACGUCCCCCUCGGAUCCUCCCGACGGAAGAUCUCCGGAGCCCCGAGUCGCGACUACGAGGAAACGAAGAUCAAGGCCCUCGUCAAGGAGGCUUACUUGAAGGUCACCGGGGAAGGCGAGGACGAGGAGGUGCUACAGUUUCCUGCGUAUGCUCUUGAGGUCCAGCCGUCCAGCCGCAACACGACGCCGCCCAACUCGAACCUCGUCUUCUUCUCCGCCGUCCCGAAGUGCGGUUCCUCGACAACGGGACAUCUCUUUAAGAAGCUGAGUGCCCUCAAUAACUUCUACUCGCUGAGUCACCAGAUGAAGAUUCAGCCAGUCAUCGACGAGGAACAACAGAAAACCCUUUUGGAAAACCUCUUUAGUCUCUCCGAGAAAGUCCCAGUUGCCUACACUCGUCAUUUGUAUUACUUUAACACCACAAAAUUAGGUUUCCCACGGGUUGCUUGGGUGGCGAUCGUCCGACACCCUGUGGAGCGACUUAUCAGCCAGUUCUAUUACGUUAGAAUCCCGUCUCGUUACCUUGAAAAUAAGUGA